AUGUCCCUUAAAUCUCAAAGAAGCAAAUCAAAGCAAACAUAGAACUAGACCCUUGAUACUAGUUAUUAGAACAAGAGUCAUAGUGACAAACGUACUAGCAGAUUUUUAGCUAGCUUGGAGUUAAAUAAUGAAAACUCAAAUUCAAACUCUAAAUAAGAUAACCCUGAAAAGGCAUUCUUCAUUUUGUUGGAUGCAUGCUCAGAACUUGUGCAAUUACAUAAUGAUUCCCACAAAUAAGAAAUCGAUCAGGCAAUUAAAUAAAAUUAAACAUUUGAAUAAGUUGCAAUUCUUGUUCACUCAAAAUUAUAAUUACUUAAAAGGGAUUAUGUUACCAGUGAAUAUUAAUUGAUUUAAUUAAAAGAAUCUAUAAUCUCAAAACAAUAAUAAUAAACUUAGUAAAAUUCAUUUGACUUAUAUUAAAAAUUACAUGACUAGAAUUAAAGAUGGAAGCAACUAUACUUUUAAGAGGCUAGACAACUUAUUGAAGUCACUAAAUAAUAAAAAUAAUUUACUAUUGAGCUACAACAAUAAUUAGAAUACAUAAAUAUACUAGAAUUGAAAUAGGAGACCUUAGAAUAAAAGUAUUUAGAAUUGUUUGAAUUAAUUCAUAAUUCAAAUUAGAAUUAGAAUAUUGAUAUUAAAAAAUAUUGCAAUGCUUUACAACAAGUCUUAAAUGAUAAAACUGAAUUAUUAUCAGUUUAAUUGUAAAAUUCCAGAAAGCAAUGCAUUGAUUUAUCUAAACGACUUUAGGAUGAAAUAAUGAAAGUUCAAGCUGCCUAGGAACUCAGAAUUGUUGACAUGUAGUAUAUAAUGAGUUUAGAAAAUAGCAUAGAUUAAAAUAGUUAAUGA